AUGAUGUCAAGAUUUGUCUGUCUUCUUUUCUGUGGAUAUAUUGCACUAAACCUGGGAAAUACUCAGAAAUUGCCAAGAGUGAAAAGGCAGAGUCUGAAGGUUCAGAUCAAUGCAACAGAUGACACGGUUUGCAUGAGGUAUCUUCGACCAAGUCAAAGCACCAAGCUAGAAGGUUUUGUCCUGGGUUAUGGAAGCAACUUCUUUUCUAACCAGUACAUUCCUUUACCUGCAGAAGGAAAAAACUAUGCAACAGAACUUGAUGCAGAGCCACGGUAUUUGGUUUCAGUAAGACCAGCACGUGUUUCAAAUAACAAGAAAUCUUGUUCAGGUCGGAACAAGACACAUAAGCCUCUGCAGCUGGUGGUUGGCACUCUUAGCCCAACCUCUGUAUUUCUCUCCUGGGGCAUCCUAGUCAACCCUCAACAUGACUGGACAGCAACAAGUAACUGUGCUAGUGACAGCAGGUUCUAUACAGUUCGCUACAGAGAAAAAGGUAAAGACAAGAAAUGGGUUUUUCAGCUCUGCCCAGCUACAGAGACAGUGAUUGACAAUCUGAAGCCAAACACACCUUAUGAAUUUGGAGUUAAAGACAAUGCAGAGGACAGUAUUUGGAGCAAGACUUUGAAUCAUAAGACAGUACUGUCUAGUAAAAAAGUAAAUGGACAACUCCAGAAUAUGUACAAGCUGCUACCCAAUUCCCAAACACAGAUUAUACUGAGUGAUAGUAAGAAGUUGGUCCCUGUCACAAUAAUCAAACAAAUUAUUCAAAAUCGGACACAGUCAAAAGCACCAGAUAGUUCUUCUCUCCCAGGAGCAAUAUUAGUGCACCUUAUUGUUCCAGGUCUCAAUGAAAGUCAGCAGAAGCUUCCUCCUCUCCUGACAAUAGAGGAUGUACCUCAAGCAUCCAGGAAAAAACUGGCUAAGAAUGAAACUGGAGUAUGGCCUGCUGAAUCCAAAACACCAGAAGUUCAAGAAAUCUCCCCACAGUCCCUUCCAGCUCAAGCUGAGAAAACACCUGGACCUGAAGAUUUUAAAUCAACAUCUAAACCCAAAUUGGUGCAAACUCAAAACAUACAGGCUUCUAAUGAAAUACAGCCACUUCCUUCUGGAUCCAGAAUUCCUGAUGCUCCAAAAAGUCCACUGACAGAACUCGCUAUUCAGAGUCCAGACUUGAAAUCCAUAUCUCUGCCUUUUGCAGAAACGAGAGAGAUGGAAAUGGCUUUUGAGGAAAAACAGAUUGUUCCUUCAGGAUCCAAACCGUCUGGUACCAUGGAAGUGCAACCAACCCAAUCUGCUUCACAUGACAUUCUUCCUGUUAUUUCUACUCCCCAAAUUUUCACAUCUUCAGAAAUGCCAGGCACUGAUUUAGGUGAAAGGAAGCCUCUUUCUUCAAGAUUCACAACAUCUGGCAUGCCAGAAAUGCUACCAAUCUCAGCUGCAACCAAGAGACCAGAGCUGGAAUUGACCUCGUCUGCUUCAUGGGAAACCACAAGGAUGGCUACUCGAAGACCAAGGCCGAAGUCCACCACUCCUUCCUCCCUGGCAACUCAACAAACUGUGAUGGCUUCACUGGACUCUGAUUAUAUUACUUUGCUGUCCCAAACUUCUGCAUCUGCAGAAAUAUCAAAAACAGAGACUGUUACAAGUACAGCUGACCUGGAAAAAUCUAUGCCUCCACUUUCCACAUCACCUCAUGUGCUAACAACAACUGAGGUUUUCAGUGGUAUUCAGCCUGUUCUUUCAAGUCCUGUGGCACCUAGUAAGCCUGAAAUAGCAGAAGCUGGACCAGCAGCAACAAGUGAAUCCAUUCUGGAAUCUUUCACACCUAAAACUUCCCGUCCUUUUCAAUGGCCAAGGGUAACAUUAGCUCCAAAAGAAAUACCACUUACUCCUUCUAAACCGAAACCAUCUGCUACCCCAGAAGUACAACAUGUGAAACCUGCCCCUAAACCACCACUUUUGGAGCCUAAAGCUUCUCAGACUGUUGAACAACCAAAAGCAACCCUAGCUCCUAAAGAAGCAAAACUCACUACUUCUGCAUCUAAACCUAGACCAUCUGCCAGACCCCAAAAGCCACGAACUAAACCUGCAACCAUUCCAGUGUCAGUCACUACUAGGAGUCCCUACACAUAUGAACGUCCAAAGACUGCAGAGGUCUUGGAACAUAUUACACUAAGAACUGAACCACCAAGGCCACCCAUAGGUAAUAGAGAGACUCAACGUGUUCCUUCUAAACCUAAAACUUCACCCAAACUUCACAUCCCACAAUCCAAAGAUGUCCUGGAAUCUAUAACACUUAGACCUGAUCAACUAAAACCAACAAUAGUUCCUAGAGAGUCACAGCAUGUUCCUUCCAAACCUAGAACAUCACUAAGCCCAGAGGUGCCACAAACAAAACCUGCUUCAAAAGAUACAUAUCACAGGCCUUCCAAACCCAAGACAUCACCCAGUCCACGUGUUCCACCAACUAGAGCAAAUCAAAAAGAAAGUCGACGAGUCCCUUCCAAGCCCAGGGCAUCACCAAGUCCAGAUGUACCACACACAAAACCUGCUCCUAAAGAACCACAACAUAUUCCUUUUAAACCCAGAGGAACUCCCAUCCCGGAAGCUCCAUACAGGAAGCCUGAGAUUCUUCCAACCUUUGAUGAACGAGAUACUACUAUGAUUCCUCAUAUUCCCGAAAGAACAAAGGCAACAUUUGCUCCAACUGAAAAACAGUUCAUUCAUACCAAACGAAAAACAACUGAAAGACCAAGAGUGCCAUACACCAAACUUGCAAUACAUCCAACAACUCCGCAACCAAUUAUUACAAAAUCUUCCACUACCACUGGUCAUUCAAGGGCAACGAUGGCUCCAAAAGAAACACUGAUCAUUCCUUCCAAAUCCAAAACAUCUGUUGGGCCAGAAGUACCACAAAGUAAACCUGUUCCCAAUGAGACAUACCACAUUUCACCCAGGCCCAAAAUUGGUCAAGCAACUGAAAUUCCUUGGUUUGAUACAGCAUCUCACAAAACUCAUCCCACUUCUGCAAGACCAAAGCCAUCGGAUAAAUCACAGCCCAGACCUGCUUUUAGUAAAACCACCCUAGCACCAGCCAGAACAAAAGCACCAGGACUGCCAAAGUGGAUUGUGCCAACAACAGAUUACCUUUAUACACCUGAGGCUACUGCCAGACCAAUUGACAUGGGUGUCAAAAAACCUCCAGAAUAUAUUGACACCUGGCAAAAGCCAAUUUCUGUGACUACAUCACCUGGCCCUCAGCACUCUCCUAUACCUCCUGCCAGGCCUACACAAAUGAGAAGAAAACCUCUGCCUCCUAACACCGUGACUGGUAAACCAGGGAGUCCAGCUAAGCCUACUGGACCAACAUCACCUGUGAGGACAGGAACGUUGCAUAAGACACCAACAGCUUUUGCAACUCCAGAGUACUAUGUUGAUGCAACUGUCUUCAGCUCUAGUCCUACAUCAGAAACAGAUUCUUCAGGAAAACCAAGGUACCAAGCCCCCCAUGUCAAGUACAUGAAGAAAGAUGAUGACGUGCCUUGCUCCAUCACAAGCUCUCUUGAACAUUUUCCUCAAGAAGAAGUUGGCAGCAAGGAAGAACCCACUCGUCCUCCACAAAAUCCUCCAACCAACCUCACGGUGGUGACUGUAGAGGGUUGUCCAUCCUUUGUCAUACUGGAUUGGGAAAAACCAGACAAUGACACCGUUACUGAGUAUGAGGUUGUGUCAACUGAAAAUGGAGGAACUGAUGGUGAAAAGGAGAAAUCAAUUAUCACUACAAAUCAAACCCAUUCUACUGUGGAAAACCUAAAACCUGACACAAGUUACGAAUUCCACGUGAAACCUAGGAACCCCCUUGGUGAAGGUCCAAGUAGCAAUGUUGUGGCAUUCAGUACUGAAUCAGCGGACCCAAGAGUGAGUGAGCCAAUUUCAAUGGGAAAAGAUGCGAUCUGGACUGAAAUCCCAUUCAAUUCAGACACAUAUUCAGAAUGCAAAGGCAAACAAUACGUAAAGAGGACGUGGUAUAAGAAGUUUGUAGGUGUGCAGCUAUGCAAUUCCUUGAGAUACAAGAUAUACCUCAGUGAUUCACUUACAGGAAAAUUUUAUAACAUAGGAGACCAGAGGGGCCAUGGAGAAGAUCACUGCCAAUUUGUAGACUCAUUCUUAGAUGGAAGGACAGGACAGCAAGAAGAUCUACCAGCCAAAGACGGGUUUUUCAGGGCAGUUCGUCAGGAACCUGUCAAAUUUGGGAAAAUAGGUGGGGAGACUCAGAUUAACUAUGUCCGCUGGUACGAGUGUGGCACGUCGAUACCUGGCAAGUGGUAG